AUGGAUCGAGCCUUAGAGAAGAUUCGACCACAUACAAACUCGAACUUGGCUCAUCAGAAGGCGCCAGCCAACCUUCUUGCUGCCGUCGAGUCUACAUUCUCCGAGCAACAAACCGAUCCCAGUCCAACCGCCUAUUUCGCAGCUUUACUCACCACACUCGACAGCACAAUCCAGAAACGAGAUGUUUCCCUUGGCGAUGGUGAUAUCCUCCCUGCGGAGCUCUACCUGCUGGCUCUUGUUGCCCCAUUCGUUCCAGUACCAGUCAUGCGCUCCCAUCUAAACACUGUCCUGACCCUCACCGCACCUCUUUUCCCUGCAUUGACGCAACAUGCCCCGGUGUUGAGGUCUCAACUAUCCCUUUACAAUGCAGUCCUUCGAGCAUUGGACCGUUCCCAGCUGGAUGUCCAGAGUAUUCGUCAGGCCUUCGCUUCUAUUCUGCAACUAUGCAUCGAUCCACGACCCAAAGUCCGCAAAAAGGCGGCAGAUGUCGUGAAAGACGUUUUAGAAAGUCCACCCGCACCACUUUCUCGACAUCCCUAUUCCGAAAGAGUUGCAGAUUGGAUCAAAUCUGCACUCUCUGAAGCCAACAUCGUCCCUUUCUCCCGUGCAAAACCAUCAAAAACUUCUGGGACAGACUCCGCAAUUCAUGUACUGGCAUUUUUACGACCCAUUUUACCUAAUCUCCCUGCUUCGUCGCUCCCAGCUAUCUCAAAUCUUCUCCUUAGCCUUCCCCGCCUCGGAAAUCCAUAUCUUUCCCAAUCAUCAUACUCCAUCCUCUCCGACCUCUUCGCCCUUCCUGUUGAAGACGAAUCGAUUGGUGUGAACGAGCAGAUUUCUGAUGUGCUUAACGCUGUCCUUUCCUCCCCGCCGUCCAAGUCCGAUGCAACGCUAUCACCUGCAUGGGUUCGAGUUCUUGGUACAGCGAUGGCAACAUAUAGUCUUACUGAUAGUAAUGCUGCCUCCCAAGAGAUUGGUAGAGUUUGGAAGGCUGUUUUUUCAUAUCUGGAAUCGUCGGAUAGUUCCACAAGAACCGCUGCUGCAGAGUCUCUUCGACGAGUCGCUGGUUGCAUCACGCCUUCAAUGAUAGAUUCUGCCUUGGCCGAAACAGAUCAUCGUUCAACACUGGGGAAAAUCAUCACUCAAGUGACCAAAGAGCUCAACUCUUUGGUGUACGCUAAUGCUAUCCCCCAAAUCCUCACUGUCAUCGCUGAGCUCAUACUUGCACUCCGUUACAAGCCCGAUGGGCGAACAACCGGUGCUGAGAGCCUGCUGUUACCCUUGAUCAAGCACAUCGGAGACCUUCGAAUCCAAAAAGGGUUCGAAUUCAAGGAGGACGCAGACGUCACGCUUUCUGCUGCAAUGCGAGUCCUUGGACCGCACGUUUUGCUUGGUGUUCUGCCGCUCAAUCUUGAACCUAUCGAUAGGCAAGAGGGUCGCGAACCCCGAGCAUACUUACUACCUCUGCUUCCGCAACCGCAUCCAUCUCCUCUUUCUCACUUUGUUAGCUAUUUUGUGCCUCUAAGUGAAAGGAUGUUCGCGCUUCAACAGGCAGCAGAAGCAGAAGAUCGUCAAUCCCAAGCCAAACUUUGGAGUGUGUUGAUUGGUCAAAUUUGGACCGGGCUCGUUGGGUAUUGCUGGGCUCCUACAGCUCUCAAAGAGUCGCUUAACGCCACUUUUUCGUCGUUGCUUUCAGGACUUCUAUAUGGUCAAGCAGAACUACGACCCUCCGUACUAAAGGCCCUCCGGGUCAUUGUCGAUUCCAACGUCGCUGUUGCUUCUGGUGCCACUGAUCCGGCUCCGACUAAUCCAAGCGGAUUGUCGCCAGCACAGGCAUCCGAUAAUGUUGCCUAUCUCCGCACUCAAGCAGAAAGCUGGCUCGCAGUGCUUUUCAAUGUCUUUGGUACCAUGGGACGCGACAACCGCGCAGUCGUGGGGGAUGUAAUCAGCGCUUGGGCAGGUGUUGCUGGCGAAAAGGAAAUUGCUGCUGCUCAAUCGAAAAUCGUGCAGUUAUUGAAAAACAAUCUAGCCGCCCAGGCUGCGAAUCCUCGGCAUAGCAGCAUCGAAGGCGGCAGUGAGGCUGCAACAACACAGGACUUGGUUCUCCUGCUACUCCCUUACAUCUCGUCAGCCGAUGCCCAGAAGCUAUUCCAAUUAUGCCUAUCAAAAACCGUACUCUGCGCGAAAGACAAUGGCGUCCAAAAGCGGGGAUACAAAAUUCUGACUCGUUUGAUCGAGACAAAAAAGGUUUCUAUCGAGGUGGAGACUGUUUUGAAGGAACUAGACGAAACGCUAGAGGGCAUCACCCCUGCUGCGAAAAAGGAUCGCUUCAGCCUUCUCGCCCUCCUUGUUGCCCAAUUACCAUCUUCUGCCCUGCACGUGAUUCCAUCGCUUAUUCCCGAGGCAGUUUUGGGCACCAAGGAGCCUUCGGAGAAAGCAAGGGAUGCUGCCUUUGAGCUCAUCGUCGAUAUGGGGAAGAAGAUGGCUCAAGGAGGUGUCGUAAAACGUAGUCUCGUUGAUGGAAUGGAGGAAGAUGGCGCUGGAGACACUACCGCGAACAUUCAAGAAUUUAUGACUAUGGUCGCUGGCGGGUUGGCCGGAGCCAGUCCACAUAUGAUCAGUGCGACUGUCACUGCAAUAUCAAGACUGGUCUUCGAGUUCAAAGAUUCUAUUCCAGCUUCUAUGCACAGUGAGAUCCUCAGCACUCUCUUUGUCUUUAUCAGCUCUGCCAAUCGCGAAAUUGUGAAGUCGAUUCUAGGAUUCGUCAAGCUUGCAAUCCACUCUCUCCCUGCCGAUCUCGUUCGCCCCCACCUCCCAACCUUGGUGCCUGCCCUUCUUGGCUGGUCUCACGACCACAAGAACCACUUUAAAGUCAAAGUCCGCCACAUCUUUGAACGAAUGCUGAGGCGAUUCGGGUGGAACGAGGUUUACGGCUAUGCAGGCGAGGACGAGGCUAAAAAAGUCCUUGAGAAUAUUAAGAAGCGUAAAGAACGGGCAAAGCGGAAGAAAGCCCAGGCGAACGAAGACGAAGACGAGCCUACCAAUAAACAGGCCACUGGCGAUGCAUUCGAGGAUGUUCUAUAUGGAAGCGAGAGCGAACUAGGAGAUAGCGACGAUGACGAACCUCAUCAACAACAGCGCUCAACAGGCAAAAGACGAGGCGGAGAAUCAGGGGCCCGCAUCCGCAUUGACGACGAUGAGCCAAUGGACCUACUUCAAGGCGCUGCUUCCCGCAUUACACAGGCAAAAUCCGAACGUCGAAGGAAACCUGGUCAGGAUGCAGCUCGUUUCAAGACCGACGAAGAGACUGGGAAAAUGCUUAUUGAUGGCGAUGACGACGAUGCCGAGUUAGGGGAGGAUGCAGAUAUUGCUGGCGCUGCAUAUAGAGAAAACUUGACGUCGGUUGAUGGCUUCACAAGAGGCGCGAACGGCCGAGUCAAGUUCAACAAAGACACCAAGAAACGAAGGAGAGAAAACGAAGAUGUUGAUGGAGACGUAGAGAUGGGUGAUGUUGAGCCAGGAGGGGCGCCAAAGUCAGCCAAGAAAGCCAAGGGUCGUUCAGAGGCCAAGUUUGGCCACGAAUUCAAAGCCAAGAAAGCUGGUGGCGAUAUUAAAAGGGGCGGUGUGGAUCCAUAUGCUUACAUGUCCUUGUCGCAGGCCGCCAAACGCAAGGGUGGAAAGCGAGACAAAAUGGGUAUUGUCGGUAAACGAUAG